ACACGAAAUGACGAAAUAAUUAAUGAAGCAAUCCAAGUUACAUUAACCUUACCCUCCCCAUAGAAAAUAUUGCAUCAACCAUUAAGCAAUGUUCCCCUCGAACCCUGCAUUAUGAACCCUCCUUUGUCCCCCAUUCACAUUUUCUCAUAUAAUAUAAAUAUAAGACCCUCCUUUAUACUUCCCCUUAUUCCAUUGUCCCACACACAAUUCAUCAAUUUCCCCUAACAAAAAUAACGUAACCAUCUCUUUCCCAAUCCCUCUCCAACCAAAUAUAUAUAUAUACCAUAGUCCUCACAGAUUAAUUUCCUUAAUUGCAAAAUAUAUAUAAGUAUGGCUUGUUCAAGUGGAAAUGGAACAAGCAGUGGUGGAUCAGGUUCACCGUGUGGGGCGUGCAAGUUUCUGAGGAGGAAGUGUGCUGCAGAUUGCAUAUUUGCACCAUACUUCUGCUCAGAACAAGGGCCUGCAAGAUUUGCAGCCAUACAUAAGGUCUUUGGUGCAAGCAACGUUUCCAAGCUCUUGCUUCAUAUUCCCGCUCAUGAUCGCUGUGAGGCUGUUGUCACCAUUGCUUAUGAGGCUCAAGCUCGUAUCAGAGACCCCGUUUAUGGUUGCGUCUCUCACAUUUUCGCAUUACAACAACAGGUAGCAUGCUUGCAGGCACAAUUGAUGCAAGUGAAGGCUCAGCUGGCACAGAAUCAAAUAGAGAAUCAAUGGGCAGGGAAUGUUGGUGGAGCCAUGAACAAUCCAUUUGGUCACACCAAUUACAUGAACCCUCCUAUAUCUCCUCAGAGUUCACUUGAAUCAAUUGAUCAUCACAGCAGCAGCAUCAUUGAUAUGCAUGACACAAGACCAGAGGAUUUCAACUCAUUCCAACAACAACAACAACAACAACAACAAGCUUCUUCUAAGAGAAGAUCAUAUAACAACAACAACAACAAUGACCUGGGUGAGCUGCAAGAGUUGGCACUUAGGAUGAUGAGGAACUAAUUAUUAUUACUUCUAUUAUUAGCAUUAGCCUUUCUAAUAACACUAUGUUUUCUUAUCAUCCAACACUAUUGUUAUUUGAACAUAGUUAUGUCGUAUUUUGUACUAAAAUCUACCUCUUAUCUUAUAAUGAAUGGGUAUGUCUGUUCAAAAUAUAAUGAUAAUAACUAUGUUUAUUUUUUUUCUUCAA